GCUUGUUUUAAAGGCCACCCGACCCCUAUCUCUCUAUCUUUGUGUCUAAACAAUAUGAAACGGGCGAACCAUCAGCUGUUUGUACUCUUUCUUCUUGUGAUCUUCGUUGGUUCACAGUGGAAAAUCGAAUGUUUGUUAGAGCCUAAUUCUCGUCCAGAUGAAAGUUACUUUGGUUUUACACACGAAGCCACUGAUUUCUCUCCAGCGAAAGAAUACGAUUACAUUAUCGUCGGAGGAGGGACCACGGGUUGCCCAUUAGCCGCCACCUUAUCCGAAAAGUAUUCUGUAUUACUGCUUGAGCGAGGUGGUGUAGCGGCCACUUCGAACGCUGACAUCUACUACGAAGACAGAAUGUUCAACCCCCUCUUAUAUGUAGACCCCUUUGAUUCCCCUGCUGAAGACUUUAUCACUGAAGAAGGUGUAUUAUGCCAUAGAGGGAGGGUUCUGGGAGGUAGUAGCAUGAUAAAUUUCGGGUUUUGGUCCCGAGCUGAUGACUACUUUUAUGAAAACUCGGGUAUUGAAUGGGAUAUGAGUGCGGUUAAAAGUGCAUAUGAGUGGGUAGAAGAUAGUAUUGUUACACGUAGAGCUAAUUUAGGUGCAUUCCAAACUACUACUUUCAAUGCGUUGGUAGAAGCUGGAGUUGGUCCGGACAACGGGUUCACCCUGGACCAUGUUCAAGGCGCCAAGAUUGGUGGUUCCACCUUUGAUGAUUCGGGUAGACGACAUGGUGCGGUGGAGCUCCUCAGUAAGGGGAACCCUGAAAAUUUAACGGUGGUAGUUCAUGCAAUUGUUGAUCGAGUCAUCUUCUCCACCUCUGAACCUUUAGCUGCAACUGGCGUUAGAUACCUUGAUUCCCAAGGAACACGUCAUGAAGUACGUGUAAGAACAGGCGGAGAGGUAAUUUUGAGUGCUGGAACUCUUGGGAGUCCACAACUUUUGCUACUAAGUGGAUUAGGGCCAAACUCGACCCUUUCGUCUCUAAAUAUUCCAGUUGUUCGUGACCAUCCAUUUAUUGGGCAAUUUAUGGCCGAUAAUCCUCGUAAUACACUUAAUCUUCUGGUACCUGAUAAUGUAACUGAUGUAGGAAUUCAUGUAGCUGGGAUCACGAACAGUGGCCCAUACAUAGAAUCUACUGCAAUACCCCGAGUUUCAACUAUCAUACCUUUCAUACCUUUCUUAGACACUUUUGCACCUACAAACUUAAGUCUGGUGCUACUUGCUGGAAAGGUCUCGAGACCAAAAUCAACUGGCUCACUGAAUCUAAUAUCGUCUUUUGAUGCUAGAAUUACCCCAAAAGUUCGGUUUAAUUAUUACUCUAACGCUGAUGACCGACUCCAAUGCCGCAAUAUUGCUGAUGUGCUAAGGAACGUUUUGGAAACUCAAGCUAUGGGAGAAUAUAAGUUUCCCAGGAUCAAUGGUCCUAGCCGUUUGAGUUUUAUUGGCGCAUCGGUACCCAAGGAUUCAACUGAUGAAGAGUCCGUUGCGACCUUCUGUAGUCAAACAUUGGGCACAUUUAACCAUUAUCAUGGGGGAUGCUUGGUGAACAAGGUGGUUGAUAGUCGUUUAAAAGUCAUUGGGGUGGAUUCUUUACGAGUUGCGGAUGCUUCUACGUUUUUCAACUCACCAGGAACGAAUCCUCAGGCAACCGCUAUGAUGUUAGGCCGAUACCUUGGUGAGAAAAUACUAUAUGAAAGAGCAGCAGGUGACACUCAUUCUUGAUAUUAAGAUCUCUUUAGUUAAGAAUAUUUCAUCUCAUGAAUAACUGCUGGGAGAUGUUGGAAGCUGAUCAAGGUUUUGAGGGUCUUUAGUUACUAGUUCCAGGAAAAAGCUACACAUUGUAGUAUUUCCUUUUUCCACUUUCUUUUUGUUGUAAUCUUUCUUAUUUAAGCUUUUAUAAGUAAUAAAUAAACUGAACAUGUUCUGGCAUUUAUCUAUGUAUAUUUUUAGAUGUAAAGUAGUAUUUGAAUUAGUAAA